GCUCGAUCCUCCUGCUCAGUCUUGGACUGUGCCGCCCCUCCCUGUUCUCCCUCUUCAAAAACAAUCGACGUCGAGGGCCUCCUUGACCUCGUCCUCACUGAGUGGCUUGAUGCCUCCCUCAAACUCUGCCUGCUGAAAGUCUGCAAUCUGCUCCUCCUCACGUGGCAGCACCUCAAAACAGGAAGGUGGAGCAGAUGCCACGGUACUGCAUGUCUUCAUCGCACCUACCUCCGUCGGUAGCGAUUGAUUUGAUCACUGGCAUGAAGUUGAGGGGCAGUUUGAGAUUGUCAGUAAGUCAAAACGUGCUUCUGUCUUUGCUGAACACACCUACUUGUUGUGUCUCAUCCGCAUGAGUUCGCUGCCGUCACCAGAUAUGCAUAGUGGGAUGGUGAUUUCAUCGUCAGCGGUCCAUAGCUCGUCCUUGAUCAGGUCCAGCCGCCAAACACCAUCUACCACGCUGGGGUGGGUUUCGAUCAGCCACUGGAGGAGCCGAAAGGGACUCACCUAGGUUGAUGAGAAGUGCUCGUUGGCCUUGCGCGGAUCACACGCAUAUCCAAGGGCACCGCCAGGACGGAGCAAAUCGAAGAGGUCGACCUCUUCCAGUGAGGGCAUGUAGUCAUGUCUCUCCGUCUGGAUGGCCUUCUUUGAGGGAAGAAUGCGGGGCUUCUUCUUGCUCCGUGACCACCGUGUACGCCCGGGGAGGAUGUCGUUGAUCAAGAGGUUAGUGAUGAGCUGCAGGCGUUGCCAUCCAAUGUGCAGCUUCAACUGAAGAGAACGGUACAACGACUCGCUCACACGACAGUAACGCUCCGCAAAUCCUUUGACGACAUCCAGCAAGGCAUUCCGCAAAGAACCGACGGGCCGCGCAUCUUCACCUUGCUGUCUCACUCUGUCCAGAAACAGCUGCCACACACCAGACAGGACGCCUCGAAGUAUGCCGAUGGGCCAGUUGAAGACGAAGAAGAGAGACAGCAGGCGAGUUAGAUUGUUCUGCAUCGACUGCAGCUUGCUUGAAGUACCGCCGUAGCUCCACCCCUUUGGACGAAAUCUGCCGGCGAGGCCAUUUAUCCAGAGCAGGACCUCUACGGCGGCAUCCGCCAUCUUGUUGCGGCGCCGGUUCCCGGACUCGUCUCGAGACGCUGCGUAUUCGGUGAUGGACUCCUCGGGACCGACAAGAGCCGAUCCAACACUGGUGGUGAUUCUCAGCUGACGCCAUUUUUUGCCGCCUUUCUUCCCCUUCAUUUUCUCUAACAUCUCCACCUGCACAUGAGCCGUGUGACUCUCAUCUUGAUCAUAGUGGACCCGCCGAAUGAGUGUCCAGGGUUCGUCGUUGUUGACGUCCUUGUGCUUCGGCCCGAUCUGCUUCUUGUUGGCGGACUCAGGACUCUCUGCCCCUGGACGUCCCUCUGCGUCUUGAUCAUCACUCAUCUCCGCCUCCAGCUCCAGGGCGUCGUCAUUAUCUUCUCCGACGUCCUCCUCUGCGGCCAUCAGAGGAUCCAGCUCAUCCUCUGUUUUCACCUGCACCAAGGGGCCUGCGGAUGUGGCUGCGGCUGCGGCAGCGGCUGCUGGCGGGCUCACAUCCCUCGCAGGGAUGUUCAUGUCCUUCAGGCUGCGCGGAGUGGGGAAAGGACUGUCAGCCUCCUGAUCAGACGGAAACUGAUCCCAGUCAUGAACAUCUCCUUCUUCGGAAGAUUUGAUGGAAGAUAGACGCUCCUCUGCAUCUGACUGAAAUCGGUCGUCUGUCUCCAUUCCGGCAGGCCGAAUUGACUCUUCUUCAAUGAGGUCCUCGUCCCAGGCAGCAGCAGCAGCAGCAGCAUGAGUCCGCUGUCUCUGCCGUCUCCGCUGUUUUGGAGCAGCUGCCGGUGCCGCAGCUGGUGGAGAGGCAGCCGCCGCUGCAGCUGCGGCGGUCGGAGAAACAUCGCGGAUCCCAGAAAUGUACUUGGAAUAGGUGGCUCUGUCUUCUCUGACGCGUCUCUUGACACUGUGCGGGAGAGCCGUGAACUGGUCGUUCAUCCGUCUCCAACGCGCUGAGAAUCUCAUCUAUGGCCACCUCUCGUGCCCGCUCUGUCUCCACCUGCUCGAGGACCUCUUGCCGUGAAGUGACCAAGCGCUCGAACAAGUCGAUUGGCAGGCCUCCUGGCAAGGACGGGGUGAAAGUCGGGAUAUUGCUGAUGUAUUCUUGAAGAUAAUCCCGACACAACUUGACAAAACGAUUAAACCGCGCUUCUUCCUUGCGGCAAUUCUCCCAUCCGCCCUCCAUCAGACGCACCAGGGUACCGUCGGCCACUCUCCGUGCCUUCAUCCUCUUUUUGAGGAUUUCGACAAUGCGGCGGGGCAGCGCUUUACCGCCGACAGUCAGUGCAUCAUCGUCGGCCUCCCACUCCGCUCGACGCUUCCGUUGGUUCAGCCCCGCGGCGGGAGACGCGGGUGCGGGUUGUAAUGGUGGAGGCAAUGGAGCAGGUGCGGCUGCCGCGGCAGCUGCAGCUGCCGGUACUCCUCCCCUCCCUCCGCCUGCAGCUGCCGGUCCUCCUCCCCUCCCGCCGCCACGAGCUCGUCUCCUCAGAAGAGGCCUGCCUUGGUCGUCCACGUCAUCGCCCAAACGCGAUAUCCCCAGCUCAAAGCCACUGGGUGCGCCAGCCAUUGGUGGUGAGUUGGGUACCGGCUGAGAUGCAGGCAGCCAAGUGGUGGUCUGCACAGUCAAUGGGGAGAAAGCAGAGCGGCAGGUGGUGACCGUUUCUGUACAGACUUGCGUGACACAUUUCUCGCGAACCAGAGCGAGUGCGAGGACCACCCUAAGGGAAACAUGCAUCAGCGGUCACUGCCCUUUGAGUGACGGUUCCAGCGGAGACGGCUACUAGCU